AUGGACUUUGGGCUUCUUGGUUUGGAGGGACUUGUGAGUGAACCUACUUUUCACGUCUCACUUCCUGAGACCAAACCAAAGAUUCUUGGAUCUGUGUUGACUAAGCAAGAAAGAUCAUCUUCAUCUGCAUCUGUUCAGGAUGAUUACUGGAGGACUUCAAAGAUGCUAAAAAUUGAUGAUUUCUCUGUCUCCAAAACAAUGCCAUUGCACCAAGGCACUCCUUUACUGAGAUCUAAUUAUUUGGUUUCUAAUGAUUCUCGCCAACAAGAGCACAUGCUGAGCUUCUCUUCUCAAAAACCAGAAACUACUCCAUUUCUUAGUAAAGAUGGUAACCACACCGCCGUAAGCUUUCCUUACUACCAGCAGAUGCCCUCUGCUUAUAGUAGAAGUGCAGGUUAUGGCGCUGGAAGCUUGAAUGCAAGCAUGCAUGGGCCCUUUACUGGGGUUAGAGGACCAUUUACUGCAUCUCAGUGGAUCGAGCUUGAACACCAGGCCUUGAUCUACAAAUACAUCACUGCACGUGUGCCUGUGCCUUCCAAUUUAAUCAUUCCUCUCAGGAAGUCUCUCUACCCUUAUGGCUUACCUGGCUCCUCUGCUGGAUCCUUCCCUUCCAAUUCAUGUUACCCUGCCAGCAACACUGAUUUGGAGCCCGGAAGGUGUCGUCGGACUGAUGGGAAGAAAUGGCGGUGCUCAAGGGAUGCUGUAGCUGACCAAAAAUAUUGUGAAAGGCACAUAAACAGAGGCCGUCACCGUUCAAGAAAGCCUGUGGAAGACCAGACUGGCCGUCCUGCCAUUGGGACUGCCGGUUCAAAGGUGGUGCCAAUGUCUAACUCCAUGCCAACAUCGGUUAUAACCAAUGGUAGCCCCUCCAACAGCAUUGCGAUCACGCAGCAACAGUUCAAAAAUUUGCAGCCGGCUGGUGCUGCCAACUCUUCUGCAGAUGCUUGUGUCAACAGAGCACAAGAUGAAAGGAGCAUUUCUAUGAUGUCUUCCACUAUCAACGGGAAAUCUGAUGAGUCAACUUUCUCUAUUCCUAAACAAGAUAUUCUAAUUGAACAAUGCUCUCAAACAGAGUUUGGACUUGUCUCCUCUGAUUCUCUCCUCAACCCAUCACAGAAGAGCUCUUACAUUAACUCAAAACCCUACGGGUCUUUUCUAAACUUUAAUGAUGAAGAAAGCCAAGAUCAGCAUCCCCUUCAUCAAUUCAUUGAUGACUGGCCGAAGGACCAAUCGAAUCGUUCUCUAAUUAGCUGGCCAGAAGAGUUGAAAUCUGACUGGACCCAGCUCUCAAUGUCAAUCCCAAUGGCCACAUCAGACUUUUCGUCAUCGUCAUCCUCACAUACGCAAGAGAAACUUGCCCUCUCCCCAUUGAGGUUAUCUCGCGAGUUUGACCACCCUAUACAAACCAACUGGACACCUAUCACUUGGGGGAGUUCAAUUGGUGGCCUUUUAGGAGAGGUCUUGACCACCAGCACCAGCCAUGUGGAUUCCUGCAAGAGCUCAUCACCUCUUAACCUUUUGAGAGAAGGUUGGGAUGGCAGCCCGCAGUUGGGAUCUUCUCCGACAGGAGUCUUGCAGAAAUCAACUUUCGGUUCGCUUUCAAAUAGUUGUUCAGGGAGCAGUGCAAGAGCCGAGAGCAAGAAAAACAAUGAUAGUACUAGUCCGUAUGAGAAUGUGUCAAACGAUGAUGGUGAAACUUUCAUGGCAACAGCAACAAAUAAUAGAACUUCCAAAAUAAGUAUCAUCGAUUCUUUGCUGGCCAGUGUCUGA